CUCUUGAUACACGGUGUCAAUUUGAGCUUGAUGUUGACGCUUCUCUCGACGAGUGCCGCGUCGGCCGGAUCAGGCGACGUCACCAGCGUCGGCACCAUGUGGCAGGCGACGACGGUGCCCGCGACACUCGUCCCCACCGAGACGAUCGGCCAGGGCAGCGAGCUGUUCUGUGCCUACCAAGCAAGUCAAAGGGCGUGGUGCAGCGCAUACUGCUUCGUCGACGGCGUCUGCAGCAUGUACGUCGAGGACAUCCCAGCGGAAAAGACGACCUCCGCCUGCAAGACGACUUCCCCUGCCUGUCCCGCCCCCUUCAGCCUGUACCCGGGCCUCGAGGACGUCGGCUGCUUGUAUGAGGUUCUUUCAGGCAAUUCAUGGAAUGUCAGUCGAGACAUUUGCCAAGAGGCCGGUGGUGACCUGCUUGUUCCAAGCGGCCCUGAGCAAUACGCCAGGAUAAUUGCUUACUUCAAAGGGUACAUCCCAGGAGGCUUGUGGUGGGUUGGCAUCUACGACAAUGUAUGGCUGACCGGGCGGGUUGGCGUCACGGCCGAGUGGGACGCAGGCCAGCCCAACAGAGGAGAAGAGCACUGCGGGGCCAUGCUCUCUAGCUCCACCAUGGGCGACUAUCAUUGCUCCACCGUGUUCCGGGCCGUCUGCCAGAUACGUUGAUCAUUCCAGGGGUACGCACCAUGAAGAGGAUGUGGAGGGAAGAAAUGAAUGGUUUUAGAAUUGUGAACUGUGAUUUGUUUUCCUACUAUGUUUCAUAUCACAAGGAUUUUAACUUGACGUGCUAUCCUAUGGAUUACAGCUGAUUUGUUUGUACGUAAAGUGCUGUCUCCAGUCCGUGGCUUACUAAAGAGUUAUAGAUAAUAUCUUCAACAAUUUGUUACGAGAAAAACAUAUGUGAUAUUCUUUCUAAGAAAAGAGUGACCUUAGCAAUAGGUAUCACAAUCAUUAAUAACAAAGUGUCGCCCUAAAAUACAUUAAUAUUACAAGAGUAAUUUUAGAAAUCCUUGAAUUACACAACACAAAGAUUGACACUAUAUAACAAAUGAUGAAUAUAUUACGUCAGGAAGUUUGAAUAAUAUCUUUAUAUAAAGUAAUGUCUUUUCUCUGAGAAUUAAUCAUGAUACUGAUGAUAAUGAUAAUAGUAAUGAAAAAUAGUGUGCCAUAUAUGUGCUGUCAUAUGUGUUAUCUUCUUUAUUAUCUCAUUUACUAAUUUCUCCUUAUG